AUGGCUCCUUCAACACCUUCACUCCUGGCCGUUCUGGGCGUCUGUUCGCAGGCUUUUGCCGCUGCGGCGACAGUCUCAGUGGCUGCCACCACGGUGUCCUCCUCCAACUCAGUCGCCAAUGCGUCGUAUUUCGUUAGUGAAACACAGCAGCUCACAGAGAGUGUCUUGAGGACGCUGGGAAGCUACAAGUCUCUGUUCAAGUUUGGUGAAGCCCACCUAUCCCUGCCCGCAGAGGGCAUAUGCAAGGUUUAUCCCGGAGAUGCUGCGUGGCCUUCGGCCUCAAAGUGGUCGGUAUUAGACCAAGCACUGGGAGGUGCCCUAAUCAAGACGGUUCCUCUGGCUGCCACCUGUUACCCGGCCUGGUCGGCAUACUACAACCAGACAGCCUGUGAGGAGAUCUCCGAUGACUGGACUGUGUCGUACCUGCAUGCUGCAGAUCCCGCUUCAAUCAUGUGGCCCCUAUUCGAGGGCCGUAGCUGUCUCCCGACUGACAUCGCGACCGCUUCCAACUGCACCAUUGGUGGCUACAGCAGCUAUGCCGUCAAUGUCAGCACUGUGGCGCAGAUCCAGCUGGCGGUCAACUUCGCCCGAAACCACAGACUGCGCUUGACAGUAAAGAACACGGGCCACGACUUCAACGGCAAGUCGACCGGUGCCGGAUCCCUAGGCAUCUGGACCCACAAUCUCAAGGACAUUGCAGUUUAUGAUGAGUACCACCUGGGUAACUACAGUGGCCCCGCCGUGAAGCUGGGAGCCGGUGUCCAGGCCAUCGAGGUUUACGAGAAGGCCCACGAGCUCGGCUACACUGUGGUGGGCGGCGAGGGCAAGACUGUGGGUGUAGCCGGUGGGUACGUGCUGGGCGGCGGCCACUCGCCCAUGUCCAGUGUCUACGGGCUGGCUGCUGAUCAGGUUCUGGCCCUGGAAGUUGUUUUGGCCAAUGGUCGCUUCGUCACCGUGACCGAGCAAUCUAAUCCCGAUCUAUUCUGGGCUCUCCGCGGCGGCGGUGGUGGGACCUAUGGAGUCGUGACCUCCAUCAUCACGCGCCUUCACCCCAAGAUUCCUGUCACCGUCUCCACAUUCUCCUUCAUGACCUCUGCCAACGUCACCGCCGACACCUUCUGGGCGGGCGUGGACGCGUACAUGAAGCGCUUCCCCACCAACGCCGACGCGGGCACGUACGCCUACUUCUGGAUCAUUAAACUCGGGGAGGAGAGCUUUGAAUUCUUGAUGAACCCUUACUUCGCGGUGAACCACACGGUGGCUGAGUUCAACACGCUGAUGGCCCCGUGGUUUGCCGACCUGGACCGGCUAGGCAUCACCUACACCCCGAAUACAACCUACUACGACAACUUCUACGACGCUUGGGAAGCGGGCUUUCCCCUCGAGACCGUCGGCAGUGUGACGAUGAUGACCGGCUCGCGCCUUAUCCCGCGCGAGAACUUCGUCAAUGCAACCCUCUUCAACCAGACCACUGCCGCAUUCCGUUCGACCGUGUCUGCAGGCUACUCGCUGCUGGCCUUCAACCUCAAGGCUGAGCUCCCCGCUGGUUACCCGGAAAGCGCGGCCAACCCAGCCUUCCGGACCACACUGAUGCACGCUAUCACCUCGACCAGCUGGAACAGCAACGCCACCAAUGCGGAGAUUUUGGAGACAAUGAAUACCUUGACGUAUGAUGUGCUAGGCAAGUGGCGCAGGAUCUGCCCGGAUUCCGGGGCUUACAUGUCCGAGGCGGAUAUCCAGGAGCCGGAUUUCCAGCAGGCGUUCUACGGGGAUUUAUAUGCCCGGUUGUAUGCCCUCAAGCAGCGAUGGGAUCCCGCGGGGUUGUUCUAUGCGCCCACAGCGGUAGGCAGUGAGGAUUGGGAGGUGAUGAGCAUGGAUGGGUUGCCCAGUCAGAAUGGGCGGUUGUGUCGGGUUUGAUAAACCUUUGCCG